GAAGGUAAUCAGUGUGACUCCAAUUCUGUUUGUAUCAACCGGAUGGGGAAUUACGAGUGCUCUUGUCUGGGGGGGUUUGUAGGAGAUGGCCGACUGUGUGAAGACAUCAAUGAGUGUGAAUUACCAAACAUAUGCCCUUCUGUCACUACCUGCGUCAACACUGGCGGGUCAUAUUACUGCGACUGUGGAACUGGCUUCAUCUUCAAUAACUCCCAGUGCCAAGACCUGGAUGAGUGUGUGGCAGGCCGAUGCAGCCCCUUUGCUGCCUGCACGAACUCACCUGGCUCCUUCUCUUGUCAGUGUGCAGCAGGGUACAGGGGAGACGGCUUCACCUGCGAGGAUAUGGAUGAGUGCUCACUUGCUAAGCAGUGUCACUCUAAUGCCCUGUGUGUUAACCUUCCUGGCUCCUAUAACUGCACCUGUAGGGUAGGUUAUUCUGGAGAUGGGGUGAUCCAAUGUAAUGAUGUAAACGAGUGUCUGGUGAACAAUGGGGGUUGCAGAAACAGAGCUUCAUGCAUCAACAACCAAGGUUCCUUCUCUUGCCUGUGUGAGUCAGGCUUCAUCCUGUUAAACCGGACUCUUUGCCAGGAUAUAAAUGAGUGUGAGGAGCUGGACAAUCCAUGUGGGGUGAACGAAGACUGCAGGAACGUUGAUGGGUCAUACGAAUGCCCCUGCCGAGUUGGCUACUUUCGCCCUGCCAGUAACAUGGACUGUGUUGAUAUGGACGAGUGUAAAAACAGCCCUUGUCAUGUCAAUGCAACGUGUCUCAACACCAUCGGGUCGCACACGUGCACCUGUAAGCGAGGCUUUUCAGCAAAUGGUAGCCAGUGCGAAGAUAUAGAUGAGUGUUCUGCAGCUGGUACAUGCCACCCACGGGCGCUAUGCACCAACUUCAUAGGGGACUUCUUUUGCUCCUGUCAGCAGGGUUUCAAGGGUGAUGGCUUUUCCUGUGAGGACGUGGAUGAGUGUGCCCUUUUGAAUACUAUUUGCCCAGCCUUCUCAAAGUGUAUCAACUCCCCUGGUGCUUUUACCUGCUCAUGUUUGAAUGGUACUCUGGCCUCCAAUGACACCUGUGUAGAACCAAGUCCUUUGUGUGAACCUGCCUGCCACAAUCAUGGCCUGUGCCACCUAUCGCCAGCUGGAUACCAGUGUGUGUGUGACCUGGGUUACGUAGGCGAUGGGCUGACUUGCUCGGACAUAGAUGAGUGCCAGAGGGAAAACAUUUGUCCUGAAAAUGAAACGGAGUGCGUUAACAUCCCAGGAUCAUUUUCUUGUGUCUGCAAAAAAGGCUACAUUCUCAAUGGAAACAAGUGCUUUGAUGUGAACGAGUGUGAGACAGGGCAGCAGGAGUGCAGUGAUUUUGCCCAGUGUGUCAACACAGUUGGCAGCCAUUCCUGCUUUUGUCUCAGUGGCUUCACAGGUGACGGGAAGAACUGCUCUGAGAGCAUCCUGUACCCAUUUGGAGCAGAGGUUGGUGAUAAAGGAGUAAAGAUUGACGUAGAAGACGGAAAUUCACCAUACAUCAAUCCACCAAUGGGUUUCCCCUUUUUGGGGAAACUGUAUGAGAGAGUUUAUUUUUCUGAUAACGGUCUCAUCCAGUUCCAAUCCAUUACUGAGAACGAGCAGUACCUUCUUCCCGCUCCGUCAGCUGGUGGUUUCCCAAACAACAUGAAUGUGUCUCUUUUGGCUGUGUUUUGGGAUGAUGCUGACCUCACACGCGGGGACGGGAAGCUGCUCUACCAGGAGUACCAUGAGGAUGAUCGGUCUGAUGUCUACUCCCAGAUAGUUUUCAAUCGUACAGCAGAUGAGGUAACAAAGUUUGAGGAGCGGAGAAACAAGCCUGCUUUCAGCCCUGCCUGGAUCCUCAAGAUCACCUGGGACCAUGUGAUGCCCGUCUUGUAUCAGAAGGUCAACUUCUCAGAGACAAACACAUUUCAGUGUAUCCUGACCACAGACGGAGCACGCUCCUUCGCCCUCCUGAGAUACGGGGAGAUGCUCUGGGGUCCCGGCCAAAGGAAAUACCAUGACGCGCUUAUUGGCUACACAGACGGAAAAUUCUCCUUCAAGGAGCCCACUAUACCCCCUGGAAACCUCUUUGGGCCUGGGGGCAGCUACAGGCCCCAGCAGGUGAAAGGCAUCAUGGGAAAAUUGGGUCAGCAGGUAUAUGAUCUGACAGGGCGGGUGGGGUCAGACGUGGAUCCUCGAAUCAGAUGCCAAGUGUGGGCCAUGAAGGAGCCCCACCCUGCUGAGUGGACAGAGCAGCUGUUUCCGUGUCCCUGCACCCGCACACAGGCUCUGGAGGACCUCUCCUUCCUGCAAGACACAGCAGAUCAGGGGUCAAGGGUCAAGACUCUGAGGGUUCAGCGGUGGGGGGGCACAGGAGGACACGUCUUCCGGUCUAUUCUGUCCAACAGACAAGGAUCGGGGAAAAGGUGUGUGUACGAACCAGACGGACCGCUGCUGGCCGGGUUCAGUGAACGCUACUUCUCUGGGCACAGCAUCCAGAAACACAUCGAUGAAGAUCUCCUGCCUUUCCAGUGGUGCUGCAUGGAGUCUCCUCUGUGCCACCUUUACCUGAACAAGAGGCCUCAGGACCGUUGCCAAGGUUACAGCUGGUCCAACCCCAAUGGCUGCACCCACAGCAUGAAGGCAACACAGGGUGUAGGGAUGGUGUUUGGCAGCCUCCACUUCAUCACCUUCGAUGGGACAGAGUAUUCCUUCAAGGCCCUGGGAGAGUUUGUGAUCCUGCGUCUGUCCUCCACCACCGGCUCUAAUAUCUUCACCCUGCAAGGACAGACGGACAGGCUGCACACAGACACUAAGGGGAUCAUGGAGGUCCCAGCGGUGGUGCGCAUGGCUGCCUUCCACCAGGGCAUUGGCAAGAUUGAAUGGAGAUGUGCGGCAGUAGGAGAGGGGCUGCAGCUGUUUGUGGACGAUGUUGAGGUCCCGGUCACAGUCGGUGUGGUGCACAUGGGGGAGAAGGACUUUGCUGUGCGCUGUGUGUCAGUGUCUCGUUGUGCAGCCGUUUAUGCUGGUGGUCUCCAUGUGCUGGUGUGGAAGCUGGUCAAGUACAAUCAGCUGGCGGCCAUGGUGGAGGUUCCUCAGACCUUCUACAACCGCACCGUGGGUCUGAUGGGUCUUUGGAGCUCCAACCGUUCCGACGACUUCCUCAUGUCCGACGGCAAGCUUCUCCCAUCAGCCGAUCUCAACCCCCCCUCUGAGGAGAGACUGCAUGACUUCGGGUUGUCCUGGGCAGUUCCAGUCCCAGAGAGCCUGUUGUUUUCUCCUCCUCCCCUGUCUCCCCUGAAGUCGUCCUCCUUUGAGCAGCUGAUAGGCAGCGUCAGUCCUGCUCGGGUGGAGGAGCUGAGGAGAACCUGUAGAGGCACCCUGCAGUGUGUUCACGACACCCUGGCCUCCGGCAGGUCUGCCCUUGGUCUGCAGACUCUGGACGCCAAGAGGCAGUUUCAGAACCUCGCUCUGCUCUAUGGUAACAUGCCUCCCAUAGUGACAGAGCCCACAGUGAUCCACUGUAAAAUCAACUCUACUGUCAACAUCCAGAUUGAGGCACAGGACCCAAAUGGAGACCCCAUCACUUACUCGCUGCUCUACCCCCGACCUCCACGGGCUUCCAUAGGCAGCGGUGAUGGCCUCCUGUCAUGGAUGCCCCUCAGCACACAGCCCGUCCAGCUGACCCUGAGAGUCAGUGAUGAUCUCAGCAGCUCCCUGUUCACUCCCAUCCUGAGAGUCUGCAACUGCCUGAAUGGAGGAUCCUGCCAGUACGACAGUGUCACUGAAAAUCACUUGCAUGGAAAGUUCCAGGUGGUGGGCUGUCUGUGUCCAGGGGGAUUCAGUGGAAAGUUUUGUGGGAGCUCUGUAAACGUUUGUCGAGGCAGACCUUGUUUCCGGGGGGUGCAGUGCCAGUCAGGGUCAGAGCCAGGCCAGUUCAACUGUGGAGAGUGUCCCGGUAACACUGUCUCUGAGAAGAAGCAGGGAUAUAAGUGCUUUGAGCAUGACAUGUGCAUCCCUCCUUUCAGCUUCCCCUGCCACAAAGACGCAGACUGCCUCAGCACCAAACUGAACUACACCUGCACCUGUAAGCCUGGAUUCAUUGGAGAUGGGAAGAACUGCACAGAUAUAAACGAGUGUGAAGAGCUCUCCACCUGUCCCAACGCUAAGUUCGAGUGUAAAAACACGCCCGGCUCUGUUGAGUGCUUCUGCAGAUACCAGAACGCCAAAGAAAGUGAUAGAUGUGGUGACUCUGCCAAUCCUCCAGGGAGCAAUGUAUUCAAUGUCUCUGUGGGCUGGAAGGAGAACAACUCUAAUGGGCUCAAACAGCUGGUGGACAUUCUCUCGAUGGGUUUCCAGAACAAAUUCUACAAUGCUAGUAAGAUGAAUCCAGUACCCGGCUCUGGUCCAGAUGUGACUGAAUAUCUUGUCAACAUGUCGACUGACACCCCCCACUGGUACGUCAGGGACUACCUGGCCAGAGUCAGCAGCCACUACGACAUCAGAGCUGUACAAGUGGACGAUCUGGAUGAGUGUAAGGCCAAGGAGGCGAUGUGUGUCCUCCCUGCCCUCUGCACCAACACGUACGGAGGUUAUAGGUGUAUCUGCAACGGCACAACAGACGUGGAUGAAACUCAGUCCUGUGUAUUAGACCGAGACCAGGCGAGCGAUGUGGAACUGGACCUGGUUCUGGGCCUGGUUCUAGGCAUCGGAAUUCCUCUGCUUCUGCUACUACUACUGGCUGCUCUGGCCUGCUUCUGCUGCAGGAAGAGGGUGACUGGAGACCUCCCCCACUUGUUGCCAGACUACAUCCAGGAGCAGUACAACCCUCCACCCUUCAACUACGCAGACCCAGCCCUGCAUUACAUGACCCACUGCAGCCCACGGAUCAUAGACAACAUCACACCUAGGCAACGCCACAGAUAGCGCACACACACACACACACACACACACACACACACACACACACACACACACACACACACACACAGAGGAAAGCUUGCAAACACGUCCAUGUGUUUUAUAACUGCAGGAUGAAUGAUUCUUAUUUAUAUGGUAACAAACAAGUAAUUAAAGCAGAGUGACUUUAAAAGUCGAUUAUUUGUGCCUCUCUGGGCUGAGUGAUGGAGCUGGAAGUCUUUCUGCCUGGACGACAGUUUACAGUCAGAGUCUGAGCCAGCAGAACUGGACCACCUCUUGGCCUGAGAUGCUGUUGAAAAGUAAACCUCUGCAGUGGUGUUCAGCUUCCAGCUGAUCCCAGGCCAGCAGCCGCUUUGGUAGCAACAUUAGCAUUAAGCAGAGUACCUGGCGUCAGACUCCUGCCCUCUGCUCUGAUCCACUGUGUCAGAACUUACAGCAUCAUAUCACUUUAAGUCCUCUAAACUUUCCAUUCAUCUUGCUAGUCUGCAAAGGCUUUCCAUAUAAGUAUCUCUAUAAGCAGUAAUCUCAUUCUGGAGUUUCUCUCUAAACGAUUGUGCCGCAGCUACUUUAACACAACAGGUUCAGCUGUCGUUUGUAAAGCUGGCCUGUCACUGCAAACAAAAAAAAUCUGUAAAUAUGAUGUGGAUCAUUAAAAGUGGCAUUUUGGCAA